UUUGAAUUGCAGAAUUAAAGGUAACUGCCUCCCACCUAUAUGUUAGUGUCAAUUUAAUUCAAAAUUUGGGUGUGGUUUUGUAGGCUUAGCAUUCCAUUCUGUGGUAGUGCCGGAGAGCUUUUAUUUAUUUAUUAAGCUCACAUGGAGCACAUUUGAAUUUGGAAAUAGAAAUGAUAAAAAAAAUAACAUGCUGAGUGCCCCUGAUAGGAAUCCUAUCAUGGAUGUUGAUAGUAUUUGAAGGUGAAAUGAAUGAGAUUACCUUUUUGCAGACUCAAUAUUCAUCAAUGAAAAUAUGUGACUGAAUGAAUUCAGCCUUGUUGUCAAGCAGUGCAAGCCUAUUGCAACAUAAACAUAAAAUAGGAAGUUAGAAUGAAUGCCUCUCUCACUGGGUUUGCAUUGAGUAGGCUAAAUAAAAGAUUGUUUAACUUAUGCACCUCUCACUGUUCCUCUCUAUCUUUAGUUUAGGAAUAGAAAAGUCCACAAUUUCAGAUUCUGAGAGGAGAGACAAAGGAGGAAUAGUGAAAUUCUGAAACAACCUGAAAUCCUUGCCGUGCCCCUGAUUAACCCUGGUUUGUGCCCCUUCAUCAUUGCAGUAGCGCUUGUCAUCAUUUGAAAAACUUGAGCUGCUUUUUAAGAGACUUUUUGGUCUUGUUGUUGUGGAUUCAUAAUUCCUUUAUCUGCUUUUAGGAGGAAAAAACAGAGAGAAGUUUAAAAGCUGAAUGUCCCUGCAUUCCCACCUCCUGGCUCCUCAUUCUUCUCCAGGCAGAAAGAUGGUGGCACUCCUUGUCCUUAGCAAGGGGGUAUUUUCAGACACUGUCAGUCAGAGACAGCCGGCCAGAGAGGUUAGAAGGGAGAGGGACAGGGAGGAUCCAGAUCCACUCCCUGUCACUGCUUUCCUGGCAGGACUGCACUGGUAGACCUCCCUGCCUUCCCACUUCCCUUCCUCCUUUCAUCUGCUGUCUCUUUUCCAGCCUCUAUUUUGGCCUUUCAUAGUAAGAGGUCAGUAUGUUUUCACACUUGGGAAAUUUCAUUCAAGAAUUUUUGUCAAUGGACAAGUCAUAAGAAGCCCUUCCAUUUUAGGGCUCUUUGACGUCACCAAAAAGGCGAUAAAUAUCUGUUGAUAUAAUUGGAUGUGAGAUUCAGUGUUGAGAUAGCAAAAUUCUGCCCCUCGCUCCUUGGCAGGCCCUAUGAUUUAUGCAGGAGCAGAGGCAGCACGCAAUCGAGCUGUCAAGAGAGCGUCAGCUUAUUAGGCAGAUGCUGCGUGCUUUCUGAAGAGGGUCGACGCUAUAAAAUCCCACUCCAGGCUCUGGUGUGGAGAAACUCGGAGCCCAAGUCUCUUGAGGGACCGGAGGGAAAGAGAAGACAGAAAGAGAAAGAGAGGGAGACAGAAAGGAGAAGGAAAGAAAACCUCCAGAGAAAGCCGGAGACGUCCCUGUGCAGAGAGGCGGCGGCGCCCGGCUCACCUGCGAAGCGCCGGGGAAGCGAGCGCCCCUAACAUGCGGCUUCCGCUGCUCGUGUCCGCGGGCGUCCUGCUGGUGGCCCUGCUGCCCUGCCCGCCUUGCGGGGCCCUCCUCAGCAGGGGGCCGGCCCCGGGCGCCCGGCAGGCUCCGCAGUCGCCGCAGCGCCUGGAUUUCUUGCAGCCGCCGCCGCAGCCCGAGCAGCUCCAGCAGCCCCAGCGGCCGCAGCCUCGGCCCGUCCUGCUCCGCAUGGGAGAGGAGUACUUCCUGCGCCUGGGGAGCCUCCACAAGAGCCCCAACGCCGCCGCCGUCCCGCCCGCCCCCUCGCUCCUCGCCGGCGGCAGCGGCGGCCGCCCCGCGCCGGACCAGGCGGCCGCCAACUUUUUCCGCGUGUUGCUGCAGCAGCUGCUGCCGCCUCGGCGCCCGCUCGACAGCCCCGCGGCUCUCGCGGAGCGCGGCGCCGAGAGCGCCCUCGGCGGCCACCAGGAGGCACCGGAGAGGGAGAGGCGGUCGGAGGAGCCGCCCAUCUCCCUGGAUCUCACCUUCCACCUCCUCCGGGAAGUCUUGGAAAUGGCCAGGGCCGAGCAGUUAGCGCAGCAAGCUCACAGCAACAGGAAACUGAUGGAGAUCAUUGGAAAGUGAAUCGGUGCGUUUGGCCAAAAAGAUUCUGCAUUUAGCACAAAAAAAUUAAAAAAAAAUUACAGUAUUCUGUACUAUAGCGCUGCUCUGAUACCAUUUGUUUAUUUUUAUAUAGCUUGAAACAUAGAGGAUGUACAGGGAGAGAGCCUAUCCCCCUUAAUUAGCAUGCACAAAGUGUAUUCACGUGCAGUAACAACACAAUGUUAUUUGUAUCGUCUACUUUUAGUUUCCACUUCCAGGUGUCUUUUAGUGGUGUUUUAAAGAGAAGGUAGAUCCGGGAAGACACGUUUUGAAGAAGCAGACAGAAGGCACCUAAUUGUUUUUGUUGUUGUUUGAGCCAAAGAGAAUGCCGUUCUCUUGGGUGGGUUAAGACAAAAUCUGUAAGCUCUUUGAAUCAACUUUUUCUUGUAAACGUUUCAGUAAUAAAACAUCUUUCCAAUCCUUGGUCAGUUUGGUUGUGUAAGAGAAUGUUGGAUAUUUAUAUUUUUAAUAAAAGCUGCAAAGGUAA